AUGAGGAAGAGGGCCAGAGAAGAAACCAUGUCGAUGCGUACCCUGUACAACGGUGAGGUAGCUACAGAAGACCAGCCACAGCUGCUGCCAUCGUUCCCAUCCAUGAGCUGUGCCUUGUACCGACACAGGCGGAAGAAAAACCCAGCACUCUCACAGACAAGAGCUGAAGUCCAACUUGAAGGAAACUGGACUGAAACAACAGACAGCCGCCCAUUCCUGCUUUUCACUGAUUGCGAUGCCAACAAGAUUGUUGUAUUUUCUACCCAUGACCAACUCCAAGCUUUGCAGUCUGCAGACACUGUAUACAUGGACGGAACAUUUACAUCUUGCCCAGAUCUGUGGAACCAGGUAUACAUCAUACAUGCAAGAAGUCGUUCCUGUAUGUGCCCACUUGUCUUCGCCCUCCUGCCUGACAGACAGACCACAACUUACACCAGACUGUUCAGCCGACUCAAAACAGAAGUCCAACAGAGAUUCAACCGUCCCCUCGCUCCUGCCACCGUCCAGACGGAUUUUGAGAAGGCUGCCAUUCGUGCCGUCAACACAGAGUUCCCGAAUGCCGACGUCAAAGGUUGUUUUUUUCAUUAUUGUCAGGCGAUCUGGCGGAAGACACAGGAUCUUGGAUUAGCAGUACAGUACAAGGAAGAUCCUGGAUCAGAAGAGCUGCUGGACUUGCCCUCCUGCCCUUGCGUGAUGUCCAGGACACCUGGUUGGAUGCUAAGCAGGCAACUCCACCAGUUCCGAGAACUGAAGACUUCAAUGACUAUAUGGUCAUCAACUAUAUGGUCAUCAAUUGACGAUGAUGCUCGGUUUCAAAUACCUCUCUUGAAUCACCACCAGACAGCUGGCCCUCGCACCAACAACAAUCUUGAGGGAUUUCACCAUGGCCUUAACAGAACCUUACACCACCGCCACCCGAAUAUCUACCGAUUUGUAGAAGUGAUUAAGAAGAUUGAGUGUGCAGACAGGACAAACACAGUUAGACUUUGGUGCCGCCCCACCCAGCAGGAAGCGAGUUUACAGAGAGACUGA